CCGGGCGAAAUCCACGUGUGUGAACCCCCCCACGAAAAUCUCCGCCUCUGUAUGAGAGACGAGACUGCCCGCCCACCGGAGUGAUAAAAGUGAAGUUCGAGUCCAUGUCUGUAAGAAAUCUUGGGCAAAAGUGUCACGUUUGCGUCUGAAGCGGAGGUAUCUGUCGAAGGGUUGAGUCGGACGUUUAUUUACGGCGGAGCUGCCGUGAAGGCUUGAAAUCAGAAAACAGCAAGAAGGAGGAUAACAGACCUCUGUUCUUCCAGCACCUCUGAAACAAGAUUUUGACUUGGAAUUAAAAUUGUAGAGCGAUGGAUACUCACAAGCAAAUCUUGAGGGUUCUGAGAAAUAGGCCGGCUCGAAGAAGCCUGUUUGGCCCCGUGGACCGAGAGCAGCUGCAGGUGGAGUACCAGGCAGCCCUGUGUAAAGACCUUGAGGAGGCUUCAGAGCGCUGGGGUUUUGACUUCAUCUCGGACAAGCCUCUGGAGAGCAGUGAUUUCCAAUGGGAGGGUGUCCCAAGCACAAGGGUGCCUCUGCUCUAUAGGUCCUGUAUGCAUGAUCUUGGAAAGGCUGAAGGCCAAAGGUCAGCAGAGAGAAUGGUUACUGCCAAGAGAGGAAGGGUGGAGACACCACAGAGCGAGAAGGAGAACAUCCCCAGUACGCCAGAGAAAUGCACGCACAGCCGCGAGACACUAGAGAAAACACCAGAGAAGAGCGAGAGCACGGGGCUGAAGAGGAAACAGACAAACAUCACAGAUUUCUACCAGGCUAAAAGAAGAGUAGUUGGGAUGCCACGCAAAUCCGGUGAGUGAUAUUUGGUGGAGAGAUGCCAGUAUUUCAAAAGAACCACACGAACAGUGCUUUUACUCAGGAACCACACGUCCUGCACGGACUCUGCACGCACCAGGAGGCCGUGGACCCAGAAAGGACCUCAACUACACAUCAUUAUAAAACGAUUAAUUAGUGUACUGUAUUCACUCUGAGGAGAUCGGUGUUUUUCCCUUAGUAAGUAAGAAUGGGACAUUUGAGCAGAGAAGAUUAACAGUUAAUCUCUGGAAUCAGUGGAUUUAUACUCAUUUGGAUCAAGGGGGGUUGCCAAAGUGUUGACCGACUGCACAUUCCACUGCACUGAACACACUGUCACGUCUCCACUUUGCCGGAGCCGAGAUGUGUUGAUUAAAAUCAUUAGGUCUGAUAGUGUCACUAAGGCGUGUUCACUACAAAGCCGCAGGGUGAGUGAGACUAACAGCGAGAGGCUAAAGCACUUUGGCUCCUUUGUUGAAAUCCAUUACUGUUUUUCUACGGGAUUUUUUUUUCUAUAUGUGUAUCACAGAGGCUCUGAGUCAUCUUUUUUUUGUUUUUUUUUUACUGUCCAAAGUGUAUUAUACUUUUUAUGUCCAUCUGUACAGUCGUGCUUUAUCUACCAUCGUGUAUCACAGGAAAAUGCUUGAAGAGUUCUGACAUCUCAAACAUGCAGUUGCUUUGCUUAGAUUAUAACAGACAGAAGUGCCAUCAUGUCCUCUUCCAUCCUUUCCAUCUACAGCACGUCAGCUGAUUUUGAUCGCUGCUGCUGCCCAGUCCAGACUCUGAAACGUGCUCACCACCAGAUAAUGUAGGGCAGGAGUGUAGCGCCAUUUCUUUGGAACCCUUAAACACUUUUAUUUAGAUUUUUAUAUGUACAAGAGAUUUAUCUAUAGAGUUAAAUGUGGUGUUGUCAAGUAGCAUAAUCAUAUAAACUGCAGUGUUGCACAUAAACACCCAGUGUCAAGUGUCUUUCUGGCAUUUGUUUCUCUAUUUAAAGCUCCUUUAAGGACAAUCAUAAGCAUAUGUAUUAUUUACUAAGCUAAAACUACACCUUUAUUAUUUUAUAUUCACCGUGCAAUCUAACAGACCAUGUGUAAAAAUAAUUUUUGUUGUCACGUCACUUAUUUAUGUCUACAUUAGCAAAUCCUGCUGCUAUGGGUAAUAUGAAUGGGUGUCAAAUAAGGUCCCUGUAAUGUUAAUCUUUACCAACAGACAGCUUUGAAAUGUUCUGAAGCCGAGUUAAGAAAAAAAGAAAAGAAUUACCCCCAAACAAUGAAUGCACUUCUGUUUGUAGAUGCUUGCGCACAUUUUAUCUGUAUUUUUUGUUCAAAGCUACAAGUUGAAAUCUCUAUCUUUAUUUAUUUCGAGAUACUGUGUCAUGUGUUAAUUUAGGUUUUGUUUAAUUAUGAUGAAAACUUCAAAA